ACGUAACGUACGACGGGCUUCGUUUGGAUGAAUGAUGAAUGACAAAUUGACAGCCGAAUAAAAACUACGGCGUGGAUUUAUGGGUUAAAAUUUCAGCAAACUGUCUGUUGCUUUUAUUAUGAACUAGUUACGAAAAUGAGAUUUUAAUGCCUAUAUUUUAUAGGAAUUUUAGUAAAGAUAACUUAAAGUUUUAUUUCCCAAGAUAAUGACCGAUAUUUCAAAAGUUUUGGAGCAAAGUUUGUGCAUAUCAUCGUCAGUAGCGCCGAGUGAUUCUCUUGUUUUCAUUGAGUUAUAGCAGUGGUGGAAAAUAUUUAAUGAAAUGAUGCCAUUAGUGCUUACUUUAUUAAAAUCGAAACAUAGUUUCAUUUGAUCGAAAGUCGGAGCAGUUUUUGUUGUCAACAUGUAUCCAGCGCCGACGCGGCACCCGGCUGCCGCGGUAAGGGGACCACCACCUUCAUCAGGCCCCAUUAAGUUCACAGUAGCUGAUACUUUAGAACGUAUAAAAGAAGAAUUUAACUUUUUACAAGCUCAAUAUCAUAGUUUGAAAUUAGAAUGUGAAAAGCUAGCUAGUGAGAAGACAGAAAUGCAGAGGCAUUAUGUUAUGUAUUAUGAAAUGUCCUAUGGCCUUAAUGUAGAAAUGCACAAACAGACGGAGAUAGCAAAGAGAUUGAGUGCUAUAAUAAGCCAGGUGGCACCAUUCUUGGCUCAGGAGCACCAGCAACAAGUGGCCUCAGCCGUCGAGAGAGCCAAGCAGGUCACUAUGUCUGAACUUAACGCUAUUAUUGGGCAACAGCAACAACAAGGUCUACAACAGCUUCUUCAGCAGAUGCACGCGGGGGCGGGGCUGCCGCACGGCGCGGGGGCGGGGCUGCUCGGCGCCGGCCUGCUGGCUUUCCCGGGCGCCGCGCCGCCGCCGCACCAGCCGCCGCACCACAAGGUGGAACUCCCGCCGCCGGCAGACAUAAAGCCACCUGUGCUGCCGGGCGCGCCGCCUCUGUUACCGGGGCCGCGUGAGAACGACCGCCUACUGGACUCCAGGGCGCUGCCGAGGCGGCACUCCGUGUCCCCGCACGAGCGCGAGCAGAAGUACCGCCCGCGCUCGCCGGCCGAGCCCGAGCCGCUCGACACGAAGCGACGGAAGGACGAGAAGGUACACCAUGACAGUGAUGCGGAGAAAAGUGAUCAGGACUUAGUUGUUGAUGUAGCCAAUGAGGAGGAGCGCGGGUCGCCGGGCGCGCCGGGCUCGGAGCGCGCGGAGCCCGGCCCGCGCCCGCCCUCCAGGGGCUCCUCGUCCAGCCGCUCCACGCCCAAGAGCUCCAAGGACGAAAAGCCGGGCACGCCGGGCGGCAAGCCGGCCCGGGCUUCGACGCCGACCGGCCGCUACGGGUUCCCGCCGCUGGCCGCCUACCGCCCGCCGCACCUCGACCACGCCCGGACCAACGGCCAGCCGCCGCACAAGCCGGCAUACUCGUACCACACAUGCGGCGGGCCGCUCCAACCGGUCCCCUUCCCCGCCGACGCGCUCGUUGGCCCCGGCAUCCCGCGCGGCGCGCGACAAGUCGCCGUACUACCGCACGGCGAGGUCGUCUGUGCUGUGGCGUUGUCUGUGAAUAAUGGAACGAGACACGCCUACACGGGGGGAAAGGGAUGCGUGAAGCUGUGGGACAUAUCGAAUCCGGGCUCGCCUAAUACCUUGGAGCCACUGUCGCAGUUGGAUUGCUUGCAACGUGAUAACUACAUCCGUAGUGUGAAACUGCUCCCCGAUGGCCGCACGCUAAUAGUGGGCGGCGAAGCGUCGAACCUGUCGAUUUGGGACUUAGGUUCCCCCACACCGCGCAUGCGUGCCGAGCUCACAUCUUCGGCACCCGCGUGCUAUGCUCUCGCCAUCAGUCCGGACUCUAAGGUGUGCUUCAGCUGUUGUUCAGACGGCAAUAUCGCUGUAUGGGACCUUCAUAAUCAGACUUUAGUUAGACAAUUUCAAGGGCACACAGACGGCGCGUCCUGCAUCGACAUCAGCGGCGACGGGUCCCGCCUGUGGACCGGCGGGCUCGACAACACCGUCCGCUCCUGGGACCUGCGCGAGGGCCGCCAGCUGCACCAGCACGACUUCAACAGCCAGAUCUUCUCGCUCGGCUACUGCCCCUCGGGAUCAUGGUUAGCAGUGGGCAUGGAGAACUCGCACGUCGAGGUCCUUCACGCGGGCAAACCGGACCGCUACCAGCUACUACUGCACGAGUCGUGCGUGCUCGCGCUCAAGUUCGCGCACCAGGGCAAAUGGUUCGCGUCCACCGGCAAGGACAACCUGCUCAACGCGUGGCGGACGCCCUACGGCGCCAGCAUAUUCCAGUCAAAAGAGUCUUCAUCGGUGCUCAGCUGUGAUAUAUCAGCGGACGACAAGUUCAUAGUGACCGGCUCGGGCGACAAGAAAGCCACCGUUUACGAAGUCCUGUACUGAACACCAACUGUUCUACAAUAGGUACAUUGUAUAUGUCGUCCUGCAC